UUUUAACAUUUACUCCCCUAAAACAAAAUGAUCUGGAUUCCGUUUCUGUUCGUACACUCUCCUCCCAAACGCAAUUGGGAUUCGAUUUCCGACGCUGCUCCGGCGGAGAGAAAAUGAUGGGGCCGCCCGCCUUCAUUAUCCCUUUCUCAAACCUUCCGAUCUUCUUCUAAAUGUAUGAUCAACAAGCUUCUCGAGAGAUGUCCUGGCUCUAGCAUCUUGAAACAACUCUUCUGUCAGGAUGUGGAAGUUGGCCUCAAACGCCAUUGCUGGCAUUCGAUUGAGGAAAAACUCAGUUGUAUCUAAGCAAGUCUUCUGGGAAUGCUCGGAUGACGAGGUUUGCUCGGAAGCAAGUAGAGAUGAAGGACUGGAAUGCCCUAUAUGCUGGGAAUCUUUUAACAUUGUGGAGAACAUACCUUAUGUCUUAUGGUGUGGUCACACACUCUGCAAAAACUGUGUAUUAGGCCUUCAAGGGUCUGUGUUGAAAGUAGCAACUCGCCAAAUUCGAGUCCCGAUCUGCAUUUCGUGUCCUUGGUGCCAUCAGCUAUCGCUACGGCUCGUGUACAAGGGGAACCUGAAGUUCCCCAGCAAGAACUUUUUCCUUCUUUGGAUGGUUGAGAGCUUCAACGAUGAUGAGGGAAAACUUGAUCAUUCCUUCAAUGGGGAUAACCAACCAGUUUUCCCUCUGCCAUCCGAUACCGAAACAGUUUCUUCUGAGAGGCUUGACAGUCAUGUUAGUCGCCACGGAAUAGGGAGGCGGCGACGGUGGUUGUUUGUCUAUAAAUAUUUGGAUUGGCUCAUUCAUUUAAUCUCCAAGUUUCUACUGGUUGUGAUAUUUCUUCUGAUAGUUGUUUUUGUAAUCCCAGGAAGUGCUGUCAUCCUGCUGCUCUACCUGCUAAUCACUUUUCUUUUUGCAUUGCCAUCUUUGCUGGUAUUCUACCUUGCACUCCAUGCUUUGGAAAGGCUUAUGAGUGAUAUUACUUCAUGAAAUGUCUUUUAACUUUAUGAUUUUUUUUAUCUUUUUGGUGAAAUUUCAAACAAUCCCAUCUUUUAUCUAUUGGGUUUUGAAACUC